UUCAGAGGCCGAGUGAGGGGAAAUUGUUGCCGCCCCCGCCGGGCGAAGCGAUCCCGAUUCUGGGAUGCAGGAGAGAAGUGUGGUAACUGUCGGCCUCCUGAACAGGCGUUGGCCAGUGGCCCAGGGCACAGCACUCCCUAGAGCUGGCUGGCUGCAGCACAGCCCCCACAUGUCGGCCACUCGCCGCCUCCGGUAACCCCAGGUGCCCGCCGGCCGCGCAGCUCGCGCCAAUUCUCAAACAGCGCCACGCCAGGCGCAGCGUUGGGUUACGGAGUAGGGUCUGUCCCUGCGCAAUUUGCGUAGCGAACCGCGCCCGCGCAUGCGCAGGAGAGGGCGGAGCCGCGGGAGCCGCGGGAGCCGCGGAGCCGGAUUCCCGGGUCCUGGCGACCGGAGCCGGCUCCCCAGCUGCGGCCUGAGGACCAGGCAUCGGCCUCCUCCCGCUCCUUGCGGCAGAGAGUGGACGGGGUGGGGGUAGGGUGGAGUCGGCGUCCUCAAUCCCGAGGACAGAAGGCAGACGCCCCCAUCCGGAUUAUUGGAGGGGAGAGAGCGCCCCCCUCCGCUUGAGGAGGGGGAGAGCGGGGCGUUGGGCGCCCCCAGUUGCGGCCGCUGCCCUAAGCCGACGGGCAUCGGCCGGCUCUCCCCCUCCUGUCGGGACAAGACGAGCGACCAAGGCCAGGAAUUCCUCUCCUUUGGCCUCUGCAUCCUCCCAACCCUGGCUCUGGGGUGGGCCCAGAGAGGAAACACCCUCUAACUCCUACCCUGUCUGCCUGUGAGAGAAAAGACUGCCCUUCCACUCCCCUGAGUGAUAGCCCGGAGGCCCAAGCUGCCUGUGAUCCCCCGGGACAAGGGUCUUUGUCAAGGAGGGCCUGGCAGCCACAACUUCUUUCCUCCCGAGCUCCCCAUCUCUGUCUCUGCACUGUGUAAUUCCCACCCCUCUGUAUUUCGCUGGCCCCCUGCUGGCCCCUCCAUCUCUGUCUCCGGGAUUCAGGCCUCCCUUCCUGACAUGGAGAGUAACCUGUCUGGCUUGGUGCCUGCUGCUGGGCUGGUGCCUGCGCUGCCGCCCGCCGUGACCCUGGGGCUGACGGCUGCCUACACCACGCUGUAUGCCCUGCUCUUCUUCUCCGUCUAUGCCCAGCUUUGGCUGGUGCUCCUGUAUGGGCACAAGCGUCUCAGCUAUCAGACGGUGUUCCUGGCACUCUGUCUGCUCUGGGCCGCCUUGCGUACCACCCUCUUCUCCUUCUACUUCCGAGAUACUCCUCGAGCCAACCGUCUAGGGCCCUUGCCCUUUUGGCUUCUCUACUGCUGCCCUGUCUGCCUGCAGUUCUUCACCCUGACGCUUAUGAACCUCUACUUUGCCCAGGUGGUGUUCAAGGCUAAAGCAAAGCGUCGGCCGGAGAUGAGUCGAGGCUUGCUGGCUGUCCGAGGGGCCUUCGUGGGGGCCUCGCUGCUCUUUCUGCUGGUGAAUGUCCUGUGUGCUGUGCUCUCCCGCCGGCGCCGGGCACAGCCCUGGGCCCUCUUGCUGGUUCGCGUCCUGGUGAGCGAUUCCCUCUUCGUCAUCUGUGCACUCUCUCUUGCUGCCUGCCUCUGCCUUGUUGCCCGGAGGGCUCCUUCCACUAGCAUCUACUUGGAAGCCAAGGGGACCAGUGUGUGCCAGGCAGCUGCAAUGGGUGGUGCCAUGGUCCUGCUUUAUGCCAGCCGGGCCUGCUACAACCUGGCAGCCCUGGCCUUGGCCACCCGGAGCCGGCUGGACACCUUCGAUUACGACUGGUACAAUGUAUCUGACCAGGCGGACCUUGUAAAUGACCUGGGAAACAAAGGCUACCUGGUGUUUGGCCUCAUCCUCUUCGUGUGGGAACUGCUGCCUACCACCCUGCUGGUGGGAUUCUUCCGGGUGCACCGGCCUCCACAGGACCUGAGCACCAGCCGCAUCCUCAAUGGGCAGGUAUUUGGCUCCCGUUCCUACUUCUUUGACCGGGCCGGGCACUGUGAGGACGAGGGCUGCUCCUGGGAGCACAGCCGGGGAGAAAGCACCAGCAUGUCAGGCAGCCUAGGCUCUGGCAGCUGGUAUGGAGCCAUCGGGCGUGAGCCAGGCUGGUGUGAGGGCAGCCAGACGAGGACCACUCCUCUGCUCUUCUCCCAGGUGCCAGGACCGGGCGGCCACCACCACAGUCUCUACUCUACCCCAAAGACGUGAUUCGCAACCUUCCCUUUGACUACCCAUACCCCAGUCCCCCUCACCCCAGGUCCCUGUGCCAAGUUCAUCUGCUGCUUCUAGCCCAGGUCCUGGGGACGUGGCCACCCCCUCCUCUGGCUGGCUCCUUGCUCCUCCUGUCUUAGUGAGCUUACGCCAUCCCUUAGGAUGGGGGUCAGGGCCCUGGCUGCCAGAUGCCCACAGCACCCUGGCAUGACCUGCCACCUCUGCUUCCACACUGGAGCCAGCUACCUCUCCUGUGCCUGCCACUCAAUAAACAGUGUCUGCGCCC